AUGACCAAGUUGCCUCGGCUGCCUGAAGGCUCCAGGAUUCAAAAGCGCGCCCUGCCUCGCCGCCAACAGCCCAACUCAUCAAAAUCACAACUCAUCUACGUGUCCGCAUCAACGCCAUUCAUGUCAACAGUCUCACGCGUCCGUAAGCAACUAGGCAAAUCCCUCAAAGGCAACGCGCCGUCGACGAGGGGCAUGAACCUGAACCAGCGCAUCGACCUACUUCACCGUGACAACGGCACCAAAGGAGGAAACGGAGAGGCCAUUGUGCUCGGAACAGGCCGAGCCAUUGAGAAGGCUCUCAGUAUCGCGGCGUGGUUCACCGAGCAGAGCGACUGCGAGGUCGAGGUGAGGACAAAGACCGUGGGCACGGUCGAUGAUGUUGUGCUCGAGGAAGAGGACGAGGGGUUUGGGGAGGAGAGUCGUGUGAGAAAGAUCAGCUGCCUCGAAGUUAUUGUGAGGCUCCGGUGA